CUGUGUCCUAGAUAUUGUCACCAGCAGCACUGAGCUGCUUACGUUUUCGUAAGAACGACAUUUGGAAACAAAAUUUUAAUUGCAGCCUGUAAAAUAUAUAAUAUGUUUGUGGUACUAAAGAGCGUUUAAUAUGUAGAGUUGAAGACCAGUCCUGACCAGAAGAGGAAAGCGAAAACCGGCGAGCCACAGGACCCACCCUGAACCAUAUCUGUUGCUGUGCAGCCGUGUUUGUUGCGCGUUUUCUCACUUCUAGCAGCCGGCUGCUGUCGCUGUGUAUGGUUGUUGUUCUGCCACUGGGAUAUGUUUUUAUCUUAACAAUAUUCAAUAUAGUGGAAAAGAAGCCGUAAUAUUUAUCUGUUAUAAUAUUUAGCUCCGAAAAAAUCUGUCCACACUAUGGCUAAGCGUCCGACGUGGUCUCUCUUCGUAAUCUCUCUACUGGCUGUAACUGCCCUGUCCCAGGACUUAGACCUGCUUGAUGCCUUUGAUGAUGUUCCCACUAAAUCACCGCCAGCCAAACCCAAACCCCAACCUGGACCAGCAGGACCAGGAGGAGGAAAAGCAGAUUUGGACCUCUCAGACUUUCUUGACUUUGAUGCGAAUCCCACCAGACCCCCACGAAAGACAACCACCAAAGCUCCCAUCCGACCGAGACCAAAACCCAAACCUGCUGCAGAUGAUUUUGACCUCAGUGAUGCUCUGGACCCGAAAAACGACAUACCAGGAGGAAAAGGCAAGGGGAGCAAAGAUACAGAUUUUGGAGGAGCGGGGAGGGUCCAAGGCACAGGAAGUGUCAGCGGCAGUUCAUUUUCAGAUAGUGACCUCCAGGACCUCCUGGACAACAAUGACUACAAACCUGACAAGGGCAAAGGUGCACGAGGGGGUGACAAUAUCCCUGCUGAUGACUCCGGUGGCUAUGACACCACAGCUGAGACGGGCACAAUCGCGGGCAUUGCCAGUGCUGUUGUCAUGGCUUUAGUCGGUGCAGUCAGCAGUUACAUAUCGUACCAGAAGAAGAAGUUAUGCUUUGGUAUCCAACAAAAUUUGAAUUCGGAGUACGUGAAGACGGAGAAUCCAGAUUCUGUCAUUUUCCAGGAGCCACCAGUUCAGGAGACGAGGCUACAGCCCCCCAACCAGCAAUGAGAAUACGCUGUGACGUCGCGUCACGAACGCCUCCGUUACUGAGCUUCAGCUUGGCCCCGCCCAUCCCAGCACCCACUGAGUCCUCAUCCCCAAAGUCUUCCACACCCCCCCGCCCCCCACCCAAAAUCCCACUGCUUUCCCUCCCAGCAGACUGCAUUGAUGUUUACUUAGUUUUUUGAAGUGAUUUCAGUGAAAAUGAAGGCAAAGUCAUUACUUAUAGAUGGAUGCUAUGUUGAGUACCCAGGCCUGCCGUCCUGCACACCUCCUUCCCCAAUGAGUGGGUGCCUGGGGCAAGGAGAAGUGCAGCCAUUUAGAUGUUCGGCUUUGAUAUUCCUGGAAAAGCAGAAGUAAUUCUGUUAGAUGGAGGCAAAUCUUUCACAAGAAGGUACGGUAUUUGUGUCUGAACUGAGAACAGGUGCACAUUGCGAACUGAUAAGAUCUUAAAUGACAGUAGUGAGUGGUUCAAAAUAUUAUAAUGAGAAUAAUUAUAAUGAAGAAGAAGAAGGAGAAUAAGAAGACGGGCAUUGUGGGUAUAAAACUGCAAGUAAAACAUUGGUAAUGAAGCAUGACAAUUAAAACAGUGCUAAAGAUGUUAGCAUAUAGCUAGUCAGAGGCAAUCGUGCAAAUAAUGUCAGUGAAGAUUUACUGGGCUGUUUGCAUCGGAAAUGUACUCAGAUGAGCUAAAUGCCUUGGUUGUGGGUUCAAAUCCUGCAUAUGGCCCGCCUCACAAUCUAUGGAAGGAUAAUUUCAUUUCAGUUCUCUUUUUGUGUUUUUGUGUAUUGUGUUAUUAUGUAUUGUGUUAACUCAGACAGUAACAUUUCAGAGCUUCGUGUUUGUGUGAUGCACCACAUCAUCUCACUCAGUGUUAACAUUGGUCAUGAAAUCAUGGAAUAACCUAGCACAUAUUUAAUUCUGCCCAUUGCUGCCUGUACCUGUGUUGCCUAACUUAAUUAUUAUUACUAGGUUUGGAUGUGUAUUCUUAUUUAUAGUUUAUAUCCCAAACCCCCUAUCCUUACCUCCUAAACAUUUACAACUCUAACCCAGCUACAGCAGAGAGGGAAGCUGACUGAUGCUGAUGGAAAUCACUGCCAUGUUUUGAUGAGGUAUUUAUGUCUGGCUGCUCUGGAGAGAUCAGCCAACUAGCGUUUGAAUACCUUAAAUCAGGGCUGCUCAACCCUGUUCCUGGAGAUUUACUGUCCUGUUUUCGUUCCAACCCUAACCAGGCAUAUCUCAAUCAACAACUAACUACACAUGUUGUUGAGCAGGUGUGCCAAAUUAGGGUUGAAAUAAAAACCAGGAGCAGGGUAGGGCAGCCCUUCCAUAAAUACAUCCUUCCUUCCUUCUAGUCUUUUUGGGGUCUGGAAUGAACAAUAAUAACAGUAAACAAUGGAAGGAAACCAACUCAUUCCCCUCCUUCACUGAAGAAUAAUCGAGAGUGGGAAAACUUAGGGGAUAGAAUGAAGGAAUGAAGGGUACAUCUUGUACAUUUCACAAUUACAGAUCAUAAUGUGCCAUAGAUCAUUUAAUUCAUAAAAUGGAAAUAUUAGUGAUAGAAAAAUUUCAAGUAAAUUAAACUAAAUAGAAGCAUGACAUUAAUUCCAUUCAUCGUUCAAUAAAAAUGUAUCUAAGCACAAUGUUGUACAAUGGAGUUCACACAAGGUAAUGUAUACGUCAUAAGAGCAAGACCAUGCAGUACUGCGGGUUACAAUAUUCAGUAAUAAUAUUGCCUCAAUGUGAUGCGAAUGUGAAGUGAAAAAAGAUGUCUGAAAUAUUUCCAGAACUUUCUUCUGUUGUUGCCCUGUCCAUUUUCCCGCUUCACUUGCUUGUGAUACAUUAAGAAGGAAUUGACUAAAUGAAGAACAUGUAUUCAGUAUUGAGAAGCUGCUGUAAUUACCUGGAACUUACAUGACUAUUCAGCUUGGGGAUUCUAACUAAUAUAUAAAUAAAUAUAAGAAAGCACAAGUGAUUUAUUGACAAUGUUGCAAUAUAUUAUAUUGUGUGAAAAAUACUAGUAAAACUAGUUUCCUGUACACCAAAGGCAAUGGGAAGAUAAACUACAUUAAAUGCCUGUUUACACCUAAUUUGUGAGUGUUAAUCUGCAAACUCAAUAAAGUGAUUUCAAUUAAUGUUA